CCUCCUCACCCCUCUCACACUCAUUCCCUCACCUCCUCCAGAAGCCUUCGGUUUCAGUCAUUCCUUUUACACUCACCCACCAGUCAUUCAUUAAUUAACUCAAAUACCUUAAUAUUUCGAAAAUGCGUUUCAUCGCUACCGUCGCCUCUCUGGCCUCCGUGGCCUCCGCCGCCAGCGUCGCCGUCGGCGCCUGCGCUUCCGCCACGGCCAACCUCCAGCUCGGCAACCAAAUCAUCGCCGAGGUGUCGACCGACGUCAGCGCCGCCGUCAACCUCGCCGGCGGCUUCAAGUGCCCCAAGGGCAUGGCCUACAGCCCCUGGGUCAAGGCCUGCGAGUGUCUCCCCGGCCAGAGCUUCGAUACCACCAGCAAGACCUGCGGCGGCAGCGCCCUGACCGGCGCCUGGCCGGCCCCCAAGUGCGACAGCUCCGGUGCCAAGGUCGCCCUCUCUGCCUUCUGCGCCAUCUCGCCCACAAAGUUCACAAAGUACGACGCUACCCACGCGUGGUGCCAGGUCGCUCUCGACACCUUCACCUUCUGCGCCGAGGCCGACAUCGAGGCUGAGAUCACCGCCCUCGGACUGGGCAUCAACCUGGACGUCGAGCUCGACAUCUCCCUGACCGCCACCAUCAGCGCCGCCCUCCGCAGCACCUCCGCCGGUCUCGCCGCUCUGUACAUCGAGGAGCUCGCCCAGGCCGUCGUCAUCUUCAACACAAACGCUUUCGGCUUUGCCGUCGUCGCUGCUGACGUCGAGGCUUCGCUGACCACCAGCAUCUUCGCCCAGCUGUCCGCCACCGCCUGCCUGCUCGGCCUCGGAAAGUGCCAGUUCGACUGCGUUUCUUACAACACCAUGGGCUGCCACAACUACAUUGACGUUGUCGGUGCUCUCGGUGGCCGUCUUGCCGGCUUCGUCGGCGUUACCAUCCUUCCUGACGUUAUCCUCAGCCUCAGCUCUACCAAGGUCUACACCAACCUCGUUGUCAAGGACCUUCUGUGCGCUAGCCUCAAGCUUGACACUCCUCUCAUCUCCCAGUACAAGUACACUUGCUAAAUUGGUGGUGUAACCGUUUGACGGGGUCGAGGAGUGUUGAUGACUUUCGUGUUGAAGUGCAGUAGUAGACGGGGUUGUGUUUGGAGAGCAGGGCAGAUUCUUUUUUUUUGUGCAUAGAAGAGCGAGGUGUUGGUUGAGUAAAAUGGAGAGGAGUUUGAUUCACGUCAAUACGUCGGUAAUGAGUGAAGCGUUCUCAGUUCAGCGGUUAGAGAUAAUUGGUAAUAUAAUACACAUAGAUAGAUUAAUAGAACUGUUGUUGUGGUUCAGAAAUA